AUGUCUACACGGAGCGCCGGCGGUGCCAAUAGCUCCAGACAGCGUCGAGCGCAUGCAAAGUCAAGAGGUGGCUGUCUACGAUGCAAGACGCUAAGGAAAAAGUGCGAUGAACUGAAGCCAGGCUGCUCACGCUGUGUCAAGCAAAAGAUUCGCUGCAGCUACGCGCCUGGUCCGUAUGAAGAGGAGGACAUUGUAUCCAUUACAGUACCGCAUCGCCACCUCAGACGGCAGCAUCAACAAAAUGCAGACCGCUCUAGUCCAGUAUCAGAACAUCAUGGACAUCAAAACUAUCAUCCGCAAUCAGAUGCAGCACUACCGCCGCCGUCAUGUGAGAGCAUCGCCACUACCACAUCACCACUUCUCAGCUCCCAAGAGCUGGAACUCUUCAGCCACUUCAUCACGCACACUAGUCGUGUCAUACCCUCUGAUGAAGACGAUCUCUUUGCGCUUCAUGUCGGAAUUCCAAAUCUUGCCCUCACCACACCGACUGUCAUGGGAUCAGUCCUCGCGCUGUCUGCCGCAUGCAAAUGCCACGAUCUUCUCAAAACCCCGCCAACAGCAACCCGUCUCGAGGAACUACGCGGGCUCCUCUUACUGGCUGAUAAACAUCAUCGGUCAUCACUCGGCCAGCUGCAAGAGGCCAUUAGCAGAAGCAACUUCAACGCCGUCCUCGCCAAUGGUGCGCUGAUGGUUCUUUACGCACUCUCUAGCCACCAGGUCCGAGUCCAGCUUGCUACGGACGCGAAGCGCCAAGGAACAGCAUUACUAAAGGACUUACUUCCCACUCAGUCGCAGUGGAUAACAUCCAUCCGCGCGGCAUAUGCUGCCUAUAUAGGCUUGCAUAGUAGCAGUUUUGGAUCACCGGCUGCUGCCCCGUCGCCGAACGCGUUGUUAACAGAGAAAGGAGAGUCUGAGUUAUUGGCGCCAUCCGUAUGGCAACGAGCAUCGGAAUCUACAUACAAUAAUAGCCCUGAGGAUGGUCCGUCCAAGGAGACGGAACGACUACUCCUGCCUAUUGUUUCCGCUAGCUAUCAGGCAGCUCUGCAUAAACUACGCUCGAGAUGUCAGCCUGAUAGACGGAGCGCAGGACACGGUGAAAGCGCCUUCGAAACCUGUCUUAUGCCCGCACUUGCGCUGCUGGAGGAUAUUUUUGAAAAUAUUCUUGGCGAUGCUACGCCCAACCAAGACACAGUAGCAUCACAAAGCACGGGUGUCUCGAAUUAUGCAUAUCCUUGGCUUGCGAGAUAUCUGUCAAGAGUUACGUCUGCGUCGCCGUCAAAGCUCUCACGGCGCAUGACAAUGUCCUUCCUCAAUCGUGUGCCUACAGAGUUUCUACAAGUUGUUCAGUCGUUUCUCGAUGUUAUGCCAACAGACGUCAAUGAGGCACAGUCACCGCAUCUGCAAGAACAGAUGAUCUCAGAAGAUGAUGUUGUUGCCGCUAUGCACAAGCCAGCCAUGGAUAUCUUUGCCCAUUGGCUAGUCCUGGUGAUGCUCAUCGACGGCGUGUGGUGGAUUGGCAAUGUUGGGCAUUGGGAGCUGGGCAGAAUCGUGGCGGCGGCGCGCUCUCGCGGCUGGUUGACGGAACUGUCUGCCGGUAGUGGCUCAUGGUGGCCAGAAACCAUGUAUGCGCUCAAAGCAACGGUUACUUCUACGAUAUGAGGUGUCUCGACGACAGUCUACAUACACGACUUUGGUGGGACAAGGAUGGUCACCAUAAUACACUUUAUAUGCUGUAUAAUACUACUCAAAAUCCAACAAGCAUGUUACCCUGGUUCCUCUCAACUCCCAUUUCUCAGCCAAACAGACCACCAGCCUUGGUCUGCCCCUUCUCAAUUGGCGCAACGUCUUUCCAGUACGUGAUGGUUCUCGUAGUGGUAAACGCCUUGAGCCCAAGCGGCCCCAGUGCACAACCAAUACCACUCUGCUUCUGGGCGCCAAACAGCGCAACUGGAUCCAUCUUUAGCCCGCUGUUGACCCAGACAUUGCCAGUCGUGAGACUACUGGCGAGUUUCCACGCACGCUGCUGGUCCCGGCAGAAGACGGUGCCGCCAAGACCAGUAAGAGUAUCAUUGGCACGGCGUACCACGUCUUCCUCGUCCUUCCAACUCAUGACGGGCACAAUGGGUCCAAAGGCCUCCUCCUGAACAACACGUGAGUUGUCGGGCGGGUUCAGAAUGACCGCUGGUUCCAUGUAGAAACCAGGCUCUGAGUCGUUCCAUGCCCUGUCGCAGGAUCCCACGGCUACUUGGUAGCCGUUUUCUUUGCAGUAUUGGUAGAGAGACUUGACUUUUUCAUACUGCAUCCUGUUUUGGAUCGGGCUACAGAAACCUUCACCUUGCUUGUAGCCUCGCACAAUCGCUGUAAAGUGCCCCAUAAACUCGUCCAGCACCGAUUCAUGAACAUAAAUGCGCUUGGUCGCAAUGCAGAUUUGUCCGGAAUGCGCAAAGGUGCUUCGAGCGACCAUGGCUGCCGCCUCAGCCGGGUCAAAGUCGGCCGUCACGAUCGCCGCAUCGUUUCCUCCACUGUAUCUUGUUAGCUAGGUGCGAUCCGGAUCGAAACGAAGACGUACAGUUCAAGAUUGACCUUCUUCAGUGUUUCAGAAGUGGCUGCUACUACCCGUUUACCUGUGGCGAUGGAACCAGUAAAGGAAACCUUGUCGAUGCCUGGGUGCUGCGUCAUCCAAGGACCGAGGUUGUCAUCGCCUCCAAGAAUCUGCAGCACGCCAGGAGGGAGAACCUGGGCAGCAAUCUCGCCAAUCUUAAGAGCUGUAUACGGUGUGAAAGGACUGCGAUACCGUGUCAGUUCGCUCCAUUUGGCUUGAUGGAUGGCUACUCACGAAGGCUUCAAGAUCAGGGUACAGCCGACAGCGAGGGCUGGAGCAAUCUUGAUAAUGGAGAGCUGAAAGGGAAAGUUCCAAGGUACAAUUCCAGCCACGGCUCCGAGUGGUGCAUGUUGAAUAACAACCUUAACCUCGUGGUCGUCCUUUUGUACUUCGUCCGGAACUGACCAUGCUACUGCAUCGCGCCGACCUGUUAGAAACUGAGUUCAAUGAGAAUUCGGAACACUUACAGUGACUUCGGAGGGUAGCAAUUCCUCCCAAAAUUUCUCCCUUGGCAAAUUCCAACUUGAGCAGUGUUAGCUAGAUACACGAUAACCGGUUCAAUUUGCACGUACUGGCUUUCCAGUUUCUCUGUGGAGGAGCGUAGUCAGCUCGCUUGCAUGCGCUUCCAAUUUAUCAGCCAGUGCACCAAGACAUUGGACUCGCGCGGCAUGAUCUCGCGCAGACCACUCUGUAAAAGCAAGUCUAGCGCUAGCUACAGCCUCGUCUAGAUCCUGUUGACUGGCUACUGGGACGGGCCAGAGAGUCUCUUCGGUGGCGGGAUCGAUGCCGUGAUGCACUUGCUCAGCAGAGCGCUUCUCAUUGGAGAUGAUCUAGUUCAAUUAGCGAUCUUGUUCUUCUUGAGAAGACUUUGAACUUACAUUGUAGAAUUCGUUGAAUUGAAUUGUGUCGGUCAUUGUGGACGAAGCUUGGUGUGUUGUGUUGUUGCUCAUUGCGUCGUGAUGGACAACUGAGGUUUCUCUUUAUAUAGGAAGAAUAAGUAGCUGCAACCCAAAUAAUCGGAAAUAUAUUUCAAAUACAGGCGAUUUGAAAUAUCUAUAGAUCUCGGUAUCGGUAAAUAAAAGCCCGCUUUGAAGUAAGCUUAUUACGGACCGUCGCAGCGGAG